UUAGUGAAAGCCCAAUAAUAAUGUUUUUAGCCCAAAAUGAUCAGGUAACAACUUUUUUUCCGGGAAAAAAAAUGUCCUUUACCUACCAAAUUUGAUCGGUGAAGCCUGUUAACUUAGGUCUUCUCUUACACCUAACUACGAUCCUACAAAAUCGUAGACUAAAUCCGGCUCUCAGGUACAAUACUUUCUUGACUUCCGAAUUUAGAAUCAAAUCGUAUACCAAGCGCCUCUGUGAAGAAGAAGAAAAAGAAGAUUCCAUUUACUAAACAUGGCUAAUUUGGGAGAAGAGAAGAAGGAGAAGUUGAAGCUCUACUCUUACUAGAGAAGCUCCUGCGCUCAUCGUGUCCGUAUCGCCCUAUCUCUAAAAGGUCUUGAAUAUGAGUGAAUACCGGUUAAUCUUCUCAAGGGUGAACAAUCCGAUCCAGGCUCCAAAGAAAGCCAAGGAAGAUCGUGAGGAAUGAUAAGCCAAACUAACAGUAGGAUUUGACUCUCACUAUUCGAUAAGUCAGUUGAAGCUUGGCCAGUCCCACAAUCCAUACCUAUGAUUUUAGAACUCAAUGAACAAUGAAUAAAGAGAACCUGAUCAGAAGUUCAGUUAGUAAUUUUAAAACAUACUUUUAUAGCACUUGCUGUUGUUAGUUGGUGUACAUGGAGUGAUCAAGUUUCCUUGAUUUGCAGGACUUGGAACAGAACGUCUUGGAAUGUAGCCAACACCUUCGUAUAAUCUCUUGAAAACAGAAGUAAUGAUCUUCACAUCAACGAAUUAUAUCAAAGACUCCCGCCAAACUAUUUGACUUCCUUUUGUUAUCUUAUACUCGGGUCAGUUCCUUAAACCAUUUAUUGUUUGAUAGAAUAUUUAAGUUGUUUGGUUAGAUAAGAAGGUAAUUUAUUAAAAAAAAAGGAUCAUUUUUUUCAUGAUUUAAUUAAGUAUAGAUUCGUUAUUGUCAAUCACUAAGGAAAUGAGAAACUUUAAUUAGGAAAACCAAAACACAUAAUUAUUAAGUUUAAUAAAGAGAACAAAUUAUUUGUUUCAAGAAACAGCAGACAUUUUUGAAACACCAGAAUACUUAAAAAAACCAAAAAAAAAAGCAAGAAAGAAAUCAUCCCCAUCGCCUGACACCUUCUACUUCCAGCUAAUCAUCUUUAAUCUUCUCCAUCUUGACAGACUUGGAACAAAUUUUCUUUGAAGUCGAAUUCUAAUCAAGUUCAUCUUUUUCUUUGCGCUUUGAGAAUGGGGUUGAGGUUCCUUCGGAUGAAUUCUGACUGUUCUUUUCCGACACAGAAACCUUAUUAUAAAAUCCACAAACAACAUAAAAUGAAUAACACUAAUCAAACUAUACAAUUACCUUAAGGAUACAAACAAUAUAAACACUCAUAGUUUUUAAAUUUUUACCUCUCCACCAGACAUGAUUGAUGAACCAUCCAUAACAUGAGUCAUGGGGUCUGAAUUUGACUCGAUCUGAAGCAUCUUAUCCCCAGAACAAACUUGUGCAACCAGAAAGACAUCUGAUCCAUUUGUAACAUUUUCAGAACCAAGAGUGAUACCAAAACACAGAGAUUUACCAACUAAAUCUUGAAUAGGUUGAGGCAAAUCUGUCGGAUCUUCAAUCUGCAUACUCAAAGAAUCCAUAACAAAUAAAACUUUAGUGACUCAAUAAAACCACCAUAAUUAAACCAACAAAAAAAACAAAUAGAUAGUUAACCUCAUCAUAGGAGCCAUCCCAAAGUUCUUCAGCUUCACAUCCGACAAUGAGUUUACCAACAGAAUCAAGCAUAAUCCGUUUGCAAGUACUUGUGUCAUCUUUGACAACCAUAUGCAGUUUGUACCUGAUCAGGAAGAUUAUAAUGAGUUCGGCUGAACUAACAAUCUUAUAUAUUAAACAUAAUGGAGUACAUUAAAAAGCAGGUUAAACUCACUUUGGUGCUACACUCGUGACCUUAGUAUGACAAGAUGUGCACCAGAACAAUGGCUUCUCAUUUGAAAACAAAAUUCCACCUUCCUUAGAUUUGAAUAUCAAGGCUUUGCUCUUACAACUGUUAUGGCCAAAGUAAAACCAGCUCCAAUCUGUAUCCAUACGUUCUAUUGAACAUAUAAUCUUGCAAUCCUCCUCCUAAAAGCACAAAGUAAAGAUAUUUGUCAGAAUUCAAAACAUAUAUAUGAUGGUAUAUAAAAUGCGCUUGGAUUCAAGAACAAAACCACAGUUGCCAUCAUGAUUUCGGAGAUAGAUUUCAUUUCCACAUUAUUCCAAUGAACAGUGUGGUCCUUUGUCAGACGCUUUUGUUUCUUUGCAUCAGUAAGAGCAAGAGUAAACUCAUCAUUAGAGACCCUGACAAAUAUAAAAGGACCAACAGAUUAAACAAUAAAAAAGUAUAAUGGCUAUGAAAAUGAUCCUAAUAUAGUAUUUAUGAAUUUUACCUCAGCUUUAAAGCAAGAGUUUCUGGCAACUCAGGAUCAAAUUGGAUAAGAGAUGCAUCAAAUGCAUUGGUUACUUGCACAUCUCCUAUAAAACAUAAGUAAAUUUAAUAACUUUAAUUUCAAAUGAAAAAAAAUAUAAAUCAAUACACUUGAAUAACAUAGGUACUAAUUCGUUAAGAUUCUUCUAACCUUUGUAAAAACCAAUUUUCGCAAAUCGAAUCAAGCACACCAUAUUAGGAUCAUUUGACUUUUGGAGAUGCUCUUCAAGCUGUUCUGCAUACUUGCCCCACAAACAACAGGCCAUGCUUUGACCACUGUAAUUUAAAGUCCAUAAUAUAGAGUUAGAAACAAACUAUACAAGAUAUAAAUGAUUGAAAAUAAUGAAUAGUUAAGAUUCACAUACUUGAUGUCAAGCAAGCGGAAUUCAACUUUCUUCUUAUCUUUCCCGGAUACCUGGACACUUUGGACGUCACGAAGACUGAUCACUUGACCAACCACAUCUGAAAUAUGCAUGUUUCAUAUCAGUAUUUCAGUAGUUACAAUAAAAAUAGAUUUUCAUAAACUAACCGAUUAGGAAAGAAGCCUUGAGUGUUCCAUUUCCAAUCUCUUCAAAGCUGGAGAAGCUCAGAAAGUUAUCAUCACACUCAUAAGAACUCGGUGAUAUCGAAGUGUCCUCAAUGAUAGAGAUCUUGUAGGUAUGGUUUGUUGGCCGAUACUGUCCCCCUGCUUGAGAGACAGAGAACGUCUCUAUAAGUCGCCAUUCACCAAGCCUUAACUUGCGUUGAGUACGUUGAAUGUAAUUCAUCUUACACGAACAAAGGAUUUUUGCACCCAGAAACGUAAAUAUAUACACAGAUUAGUACAAUCACAAGAGAAAAAGAUAUUGACAAUAAGUUAUAAAUGUAUCUCACAGUUUCAUCUGCGAAGAUCAGCUCAAGAGUAUCUCCUCCAUAAUUGGUUUUCUGUCUCCAUGAAUGAAUUAACUUCACUUGGAUGCACCAUCCCUGUUUGUAGGGCUUGAUGGCGUUUAGCAAAGAAAUAUUCUUAUUUUUAGUCAUGGGUGAAAGAAAGAUUAGUUGACGUCGAAGAAUGAGUUUUAUGGUUGGUUUUUAUAGAUGGUUAAAUAUUUAGGGUAUUGUAGAGAGUAUAUUCGGUAAAAUCUAUAAUAUAUUGUAACCGAUUUAUGAUUCGGUUGAUUUUGUUAAUAUAUUGUGGAUAUUGAUAUAUUCUUUUAUGGAUGCAAUAAAAUUAGGAUAUUUUGUAUUAGUUGUUAUGAAAAAUAUAGAAGAUUUCGUGAUUAGUUAAGGGAAAUAGUAACUACUGAAAUCUAACUAAUACGUUUGAUACAUAUUCUUAGAUUAUUCGAACUGCCAAUCCUGAAGCAAUUUUUUUUUUGAAAAAAUCGUUUGGAUAUUUUGUUUGUCAUUAAUGUUGGUUUCCAAAAUGUGGUUACGGUCGAGAUUUAAGUGGUUAUGUUUUUACGGAAUUUUAGUCAUAUUGAUGUCAUUUAGUUAGGCAUAAUAACAACAUUGAUUAUUAGAUAUUAAAUGUAACAUAGUUUCUAGUAAUAGGUCCAUUAGGUUCAUUUUUAAAAAAUCACACAUGAAUCAAGUUUAAGACUUCUGUUUUAAUAUAUAAGAUAAAUAGAUUUCAGAAUCAAUGAUAUAGAUUUUAAAAUCAAAACUGGAUUAUGUUAUAAAUCAGUCAAAUAGUUAAUUGAGAGGAGGUAGGAUUCUUUUCUCCUCUAUGAAUUUGCUGAAUAGAUCAUUACUAUCACGUAAACCUGCAGCAAUACAUUCUAAAAGUAGAUUUAUCGAAGUUUUAUUUCUUCGAGGAUUCCAUUGAACAUAAAAACCUUUUCCACCUUCUUCUGAUUCUUGUUGUGAUUCUCCCAUUGAUGCUCUUUUAGGUUUUUAAAGUGUUUGUUUCUUGUGUUAAUUUUCUAAUGCAUAGUCGAGAUUAUAUAUAACUAUGAUAGACCGACCACUACGAUAGAAAUAGAAAACUAGGAAAAUGUAGAAAUUGGACAAUUGGACAAAUAUAAAACUUUCAAAAGUGUGAUGAGUGCUCGAUGUUUUUUAAUGGAAAAGUUACAAACACACUACCGUUUAACAAAAUAAUCAUAUCUUUGUGAGUGCUUGUUAUAAUUAACGUAUGCAAUACAUAUAUACGAAACUUGGCGCCGAAAAGAUAUUAGGAAAACCAAUAAUACAAAUUUGUCAAAAUAUCAAGGUUCAACUCAAUAUUUGCUUUUUUGUAUUUUUAACUUAAAAUCAUUCAUAAAUCCAUUCAAAUCUAAUUUGAAAUCAAAUCUUUAAACAAAUUACUAUUAUUGAAUAACACUUGAUUUUAAAAUCUAUUUUAAAAUCAUAAAACCAAUAACAAUUGAUUUGAAUAUAGAUUUUAAAAUCAUAUAACCAAUAACAAUGAAUUUGAAUAUGGAUUUUAAAAUCACAGAACCAAUAACACUAAAUUUGAUUUGUAUUUUCAAAUCCAUUAAAAUACCCUCAAAAAGUUUAGAUUCAAAUCCAGUAGUAUAAUUUAUAUUUAUUUGUGCAUAUUGAUUGGAAAAACUCGAAUAAAUGUAAACAAAAUUGUAGGCGCAAAUUUUCAUAAAUCAUCUUAGUAUACUAUCAAGGUCGACCCUGAACACGACCCUGAACAAAAGCUCGUGAAGCAUGUCUUUUAGAGCCGGCCAACACUAAAUAUGUUUUAGGGGUUAAUGUAACAAAUAUAUUUUGUAACUCUACUGCUAAAAACAUAUUGUAGAACGCCUGAGAGCUGGGUUCAAUCCUAAAACUUAGUUUUUGUAAAAUAGUGGGUCAAAAUAUCUUUAUUUCUGGACCGAAAUAUAUCAGAUCAGGCUAUGUAUCUUUUGCAUUUCACGCACAAAUUUGAAAGGAAAAAUAUUCCUCGCAAAUCAGCGAUAUUUUUUUGAAUUCUUUGCAUUUUAAGAAAAUAAUCUCAAUAGCAAAGGAAGAAAAUUAAAAACUUAAACUUUUAGUAGAAACAAAUCAUGAGUUUUCUUUCUGCACAUAUUGUGGAUAUAAAAGUUUAUAAAAAAAAAAGGAGAAGAGAAAAUUCUUAGGGGUAGUAUGGAUUAUUCGGAUGAUGAUGGCACACUCUAUACUGGAUCAGGUGAAGAAAACUUAUAUAGUGACCACACAGCCGAAUCCGAUUAUGGAACGGAAGAAGACAUGCACAACAAUUCCACAUCGAAGCGAGCUCAGUUAAGUUAUGUAGUUCUCAAAGAAGAAGACAUUCGUGAGCAUCAAAAGGCCGGCGUUGAACAAGUUUCUAUGGUUCUCUCAAUAAACCAAGUUGAAGCAAUCAUUCUGCUUCUUCACUAUCAGUGGAGUUCUAGUAAAGUCGAAGAUGAAUGGUUUACUGACGAAGACAGAGUCCGUAAAACCGUUGGUAUAUUGAAGGAGCAUGUGGUUGAUCUCAAUAACCAAGAGGUGAAUAUUGAAUGUGAAAUUUGCUUUGAGUCAUAUCUUUACAAGGAAAUCGCGACGGUUUCGUGUGGUCAUCCUUUUUGCAAGAAUUGUUGGACCAGUUACAUAACUGAGAAAAUCAACAAUGGUCCGGGAUGUUUGAUGAUUAAAUGUCCUGAGCCUUCUUGUUCUGCUGUGGUUGGUCAAAAUAUGAUCGAUAAGCUUAUAACAAUAGAAGAAGAUAAGGAGAAGUAUUAUAGAUAUUUUCUUAGAUCUUAUGUCAAAGAGGGAAGAAACAAUAUUAAGUGGUGUCCAUCACCUGGAUGCGUAUACGCAGUUGAUUUUGGAACCACGAAUGGAACUGAAAAUUAUGAUGUUACUUGUUUAUGUUCUUAUGAAUUUUGCUGGAAUUGUAGUGAAGAUGCUCACCGUCCUGUGAAUUGUGACAUGGUGUCAAAAUGGAUUACUAAACAUAUUAAGGAUAAUGAAUCCAAAAACACGAUUUGGAUACUUGCGAAUACAAAGCCUUGUCCAAACUGCAACUGUCAUAUCGAGAAGAACCAAGGAUGUAAUCGUAUGACCUGCUCAAUUUGUAAUCACAGCUAUUGUUGGAUUUGUCUUUGUACAUAUAAUGGUGGCCACACAUGCCACAAGUUUGAGGGUGAUGAUGAGACAAAAUUUAAAAAAAAAAGGGCGAAAAAGACAAUUGACAGAUACAUGCAUUACUAUGAAAGAUGGGCAAACAAUCAAUCUUCUAGGUUAAAGGCUAUGGAAGAUUUGAAGAAAUUGCAAGUGGUGCAGCUUAAGAAGCUUAGUGUCAAACAAUGCAUCUCACAAACUCAGCUCCAAUUCACCGUAGAUGCAUGGCUUCAGGUAGUGGACACAUGUAUUAAGUAACUAAGACUUUCAUUGAUAACAUUGCGUAGCGUAAAAAAGAAGUUAUGUAGAACGGAAUGUUGGAAUAGAAUAAGACUGAAAUUAUUUUGAUUAACAUUGGCUUCAGAGACCACACAAGCAUUGGUCGAAUGGUAUGGUAUACUUGGACAGGUGCUAUGCACCCUUUGAAACCUACCAGACCCUAGAAAAUCAGUUGGUUGGGUCUAGGCCCGUCGGGUAUCCCGGAUUAUCAAAAAUAAAACAUUGGCUUCACAAAUAAAUUUUUAUAAAUCUUGUGAAAGCAGAUGAAUUACUAAAACUAAAAGAGUAUCAUUGGUAAAAUAUUGGAAAAAUCGAUCAUUAUAGGAGUUAUUAAGUAGAAUAUUGUUGCAACAUUUUUCAUUAACAGAUCAAUGUCUUUCAUAUGAUUGAUUUUACGACUGCAGAUCAUCGAGUGUAGGAGGGUGUUGAAAUGGUCAUAUUCAUAUGGAUACUACCUUCCUCAGGAGGAACGAACCAAGAAACAAUUUUUUGAGUAUUUGCAAGGGGAGGCUGAAGUUGGUUUGGAGAGGCUUCAUCAUUGUGCAGAGGAGGAGCUGCAACACUUUGUUGAUGAAACUGACGAUCUAUCUACAGAUUUCGAUGAUUUCCGCAAGAAACUAAUUGGUUUGACUAAAGUAACCAAAACCUACUUCGAAAAUCUAGUGAAAGCUUUAGAAAAUGAUCUCGCUGAUGUAGCUGUUGAUGAUUGCAAAUAAAAACCAAUCUCCAAAUUUGCUAUCAAAAGACAAAAGUUGGUGAUAACGGUAAGAGGAAGAUCCAAGUGGGAAUUGAAAGUUUUCUGUUUCGGUUACUAAAAGAAUGCAAAAAACUGAAAAAUACUCUAUGUUUUUAUGUUUUUCCUGCCAAGGGAUUUAGAGUUUGUAACAGUUUUAAACCUUAUUUUCUAAUUAUUCAUUAGCAUAAACGAAAUUGCAUUGUUAUUUUGAAUUUUGAGGUUUGAAGUCUGCUUUUACCUCGUACCUGUUUUUUUACCUUGGAAAGGUCCUCUGCCUAGAAAAUCUCAUCAAGCAAAGAAGAGCAGUAUUUCAACCAUGAUACCAAAUUUGUUGUUGAAAUUACAUCAAAUUUGGUGCUUUUGUGUCAAAUUCUUUUUGUCAUCUCUAACUAUAACACCAACUAUUACACCAAAAAUAGUUUUAUAUAUUAUUUGAUGUUUAUAGUUUUAAUAAUUUUAUAUUUUUAUUAUCUGAAAUUGAUAAAUGAUUGGUUUAUCACACUUAUAUAUUAUGUUUAUUAAUUUUUUUUAAUUAUAUGUUUAACAAAUUUAUUUACAUUU